AUGACGACAACAACUCAAUUCCAUGUGCAACAUUCCGUGUGGCAGUGUACAUGGCUUGGAGCUGAGCACAUCUCCGAUCUGAGGAUUCUCAUCUCCCUCAGGAUUUCCUAUUCGGCAUAUCCUCCAUUCAAACUGGAAAACAACUCAACUGCUCUUCAAUCUGCUCUUACCAAACUUCGUUCCCAGCUUGACCAAUUAAUUCAAACCGGAAACGGUCAAUAUGGACCAGUAACGCCAAACACCACAUCAUUCAGUAUCGCCUUAUUCUCGACAAACCCAGGGACCGCUGCCGACGAACCGUUUUUCUUUGAUUAUCAUUAUACUGCCCCUUCAUUGAAGGAUUCCACCACUACUGGCGUGAGGUCUGUCGAUGCCGAUAGCAUCUACCGAAUUGGUGGGUUGACUGAAGUGUUCACUAUUUGGUGUCUCUUGAUAGAGGCCGGAGAUGAGGUUUGGAAUAAUCCAGUGACGAAAUAUGCCCCCGAGCUUGAGGGAGCUGCUCGAGCGAGAGGGAGUGGUGAUAUCGAUGGCGUGGACUGGGAGAGUAUCACUGUUGGACAGCUUGCUAGCCAUAUGAGUGGCAUUUCUAGAGAUUAUGGGCUCGGUGAUCUCAGUCAACAAAUACAGAAUGCUGUAGCGUAUGGAUUUCCCGGCCUUCCUACAGAUACGAUACCUGCAUGCUAUCUGCAAAACCAGUGCAACCGAACCGGUCAGACGCCAAAAUCCCAACAUGCAAACUCCCGACUAACAUGUUCCAGUGUAGUCAUGCCAGGAACUACUCCAGUUUACUCGAAUGAUGCAUUCCAGAUUCUCGGAUAUGUGGUGGAAAACAUCACAGGAGAAUCUUUUGAAAACGUGCUUUCUAGCAGGAUCCUUGCGCCCUUGGGCAUGAAUCAAACUACACUUUACACCCCUAAAAGCCCUACCUUAGGGGUCAUCCCCGUAAAUGAGGCCACAACGCAAUAUCAAUGUUCUCAUCUGCCCGCGGUCUUUCCAUCGCCGGAAAAGCAAUCCUAUCAUCCACCCUCCUACCCCCCCUCCCAAACCAACCGCUGGCUCAAACCCGUCACUCAUACCUCCAACCCCAAAGGCUCCAUCGGUCUUCCCUGGAUCAUCUAUUCCGCCGGAGACUAUCCGAAUACCUCCAUGAUUGACAUCUAUACGGCAUACGACAAUCUCGUACCUGAUUAUGGGUUCGGAUUUGCUAUAUUGGCGGCUGAUACGGAGUCAAAUCCGGAUUUGAAUGCGCAUGCGGAUUAUGCAGGUAAUCUUACUAUAGAUUUGAUUGAGAUUGCCAUGCUGAAUGCGAAUGCGACGUUUACUGGGAGUUAUACUGCCUCAUCUUCGGAAUUGAGUGGAUUGAACUCGUCGAUUUCCAUCUCUGUUGAUUCCCUGCCAGGAUUGAUCGUUGACUCAUUUAUAAGCAACGGCACGGACUUUCGGAAACAGUUGGCAAUGUUGUACAAUGCUGCUGAUUAUGAGGCGUUGAGUGUACGGUUGUAUCCUACACAUUUAUCAUCUACAACAACACAACCUGGAGGAUCAAGACAAGUAUUCCGUGCAGUAUAUCAAGACAAGAAAGAGUUUGCGGAUGCGGGAACCCCGACUUGUGUCUCUUGGAGGGAUGUUGAUAAGUUCAGGUAUGGGGGUGCUGCGGUUGAUUUGUUUGUUUUUGAUUUGGAUGCUGAAGGGAAGAUCGUUGGUGUUGAGAUUCCGGCUUUGAGGGUGAAAUUGGAGAAGGAUUGAGUGAGAACUGAGUUCUGUUGAUUGUAUCGCUAAAGAAGCAAGAAGCAUUCAGAGACAAGCACAUUUCAAGUCG